AGUUCGAGUUGGAGCGCUAUUUAGGAAUGACGAGGCCGAUCCCUGCAAAACUGGCCUUCCCCAGCACUUGAUCGACGGGCUGGGAUGUCUGACUCUAAGGUUGCUAUUUUCACCUACAACCUUGUCGAAGAUUAUGGGGCAGCGGCGGUCACCACGUUUAUUAUCUACGACUAUCUGCUCACACUCGGCGACGAAGUUGAACUGGUCUGGUCAUUGAAGCCGUCGGCGUCGUCUGUUGUGUAUAUGCUCUCGCGAUACCCGUUACUCUUCUACGUGAUCUUCCCCUGGAUCAUCUAUACGAAUCCUGGACUGACACCUUCACUUUCAAUGUGCCUAUUCACUGAACGGCCCUGCAGUUGCACCGGCUUGUCAAUAACAUCCGACGUCAUGGCAACUACCUUCGUUCUGAUGGUAGCAGCAUUCGGGGCGCUGCGAAUAUACGCUGUGAGCGGUCGAGAUUGGCGGCUCGUCCUUCCGGCCCUGGCGCUGGGCCUCGUCCCUGCUGUUACCAACCUUUACGAUUACGCGAAGUCAGCAUAUGAGAUCGUCGAGUUAACAGGCGGCUCUUCGGCAUGUUCCCAGGUCCAAUCCCUCUCAAGGCACCUGUCAAAAACGUCAGCCACAGUGGUCAUUAUUUCCCGCACAUGUGCGGUCGCAUCGGACAUGAUUGUCAUCUUCGCGAUCUGCUGGUACAGCAGAAGACACAUCAAGCUCGCAAAUCAUCUCAAGAAUAAGCGCCCUUCUCUCAUGAUGCUCAUGACGCGAGACGGUGAGCACUUCCGAAUGAGAUGUUUGCUGGUCAUAUUCAAUGCUCUUGACAUGGCGCUCGCCUUGACGAAGGAAUAUGGCCAGAGUGCCACUAUUUUUGUUAAUCCUACUACCUCCGUCUUCCUCUCGCGGAGCCUGUUAAACCUCCGUGCGGCGACGCACGUUCUGGAGGAGAGUUACGACCUCGACACAUUAACUUUUACGUAUCCUCUCAGCUCGCUGCUGAUAUCAACGCAGUCUCAAGCUAGCGAGCAUGCAAUGACGGAGGAUGCCCUCGCAUCCAACGUGACCUCGGAAGGAACAGUUUGUUUUAGUAGUAUCGAUACCCCUCGUCCACCCGACACUCACGCGAAUGCGAACCCAAAUGACGACGGUAAUGUGCACUUUUGACCGGUCUUUGACGUGGAACUGAUUCCAUCUCUCAGUUGUAUGAUCGAACGAUUGGAU